CUCCAUCUCGUCCCCUCGCUUCCUGCCUGCCAUCUUGAGCUCCUCAUUCCCCAAUUAGCAGUAGGGGCACAUACACCCAAUAUGAGCUUCUUCUUCUCAGGGUAUUCCGCCCUGCGUGGCGACAAAGGCGUAGAACAGACAGGCGCAGAGACGGUCCACAAGCUAUGCGACCGCGUGCAGAACUCAACAUUGUUAGAGGACCGGCGGGCGGCCGUCAUGGGUCUGAAGGGGCUGGCGAAGGACUGGAGGCUGGAUGUGGGAACGAAAGGCAUGCCGGUGCUUAUCAAUGUCCUGCGAAACGACCGAAUGGACGUCGAUAUUGUCAAAGCAGCAAUGGAGACGCUUCAGAUCCUAUGCGCACGCGAUCCUCCGAAAUCUGCAGGAUCGCCUCCAGGAGGGAAUGGCGGCGAAGACUUGGGAUUGAUGUUCACGGAGAUCUACACCAAGGAUGCGGGGAAUGUGACGCUUCUACUCGACAUUCUGGAAGAGGUGGACUUUUAUGUGCGGUUCUACGCCGUGCAGCUGUUGAAUACGCUACUGGAGAACGUGGGGAAUAGGCUGCAGGACAGCGUGCUGACGAGCCCGCUGGGGAUCUCUCGGCUCAUUGACCUUCUGGACGACCGACGCGAGAUCAUCCGAAAUGAGGGCUUACUGCUACUCAUCGCAUUGACCGAGAACAACGCCGACAUCCAAAAGAUCAUCGCAUUCGAGAGCGCCUUCGAGCGUUUACUCGGCAUCAUCGUGGACGAGGGCGCGACCGACGGCGGGAUCAUCGUCCAGGACUGCCUGCAGUUGACGCACAAUCUCCUCAAGUAUAAUGUCUCCAAUCAGAACCUCUUUCGCGAAACAAGCUGCAUACAGCGCAUCCCAUCACUGCUCACCAUGCGCUUGAUGCUGGACGACCGGUCGGAGCCUGUGGAUGUGCCCCUGACGCACGACAGUAUCGUCUGGACGGAUCAGAAAGUGGUGAAUGCGGUGCUGGUGCUGGAGAUUGUGCGGAUCUUGGCGGCGCCGAAGAAUCCUAGUGCUGCUGUGAAUCAGAACGUCAUGAACUACGCCAAAAUAAUCGGGACAUUGAGUGAACUGGCCUUCUCAACGACGGUACCGGUCAAAGUAAAAGCACAGGCCCUAUUCGCAUACGGCGACGCCGUCCGCGGCCACAAAGCCAACCAAGACAUCGUCUCCCGCACGACCCUCUCCGCCUCCUUCCUCGCCAAAAUCCCCAACCCCCGAAACACGGCGCCCAUCCCCGCCGUCCUGCAACUGAUCCGCCUGGCGUUGAACGUCGGCGAGUUCCCCGUCCGCGCCGCGGCCGCUUAUGCGUUCGAGAGCUAUGUGUAUCAUAACCCUGACGCGCAGUUGGCGGUUCUGUCGACGCUUAUCCCGCCGCCGUCGGAGAAUCCUAAUAGUUUUGAUGCGGAGAAACCAGAGUCUGCAGGCUCGCUCUUGGUAUCGUCCAUCCUCGAAUGGACAUCAUCGCGCAAAGAACCGUUCGGCCCGUGGUUUGCCGCAACCUUACUAUCCCACGCGAUGCAUGACAACACGCAGGGACAGCAUCUGGCGAUCUCGACCAAGUUGGAUGAGGGUGAAGACGCCGUAUCCCUCCUGCACAAAUGCAUGUUUGCCCUCCUCUAUGCCUCCCGCGAAGCCGCCGACGUCCGCAUCUCGCUCGGGAUCCUCUGCCUGCUCUCCAUCUGGGUGCACGAGUGUCCCAAAGCCGUGGCAGAAAUGUUGACCGAGGGGUCUAACAUCCAGUUCCUAGUAGAACAAAUCAACCAAUCCUCGGGCGUCGACCCCCUCAUCCAAGGCGUCGCAGCCUACCUCCUCGGCCUCCUAUACGAGUACAACGACGACUCGGAACCUACCUUCACGCGAACUAACCUCCAAGCUCUCGUCACCAGCCGUAUUGGCGCGGACGUGUUUGCGAGCAGGAUUGAGCGGUUGAGGGAGGCGAAGGAGUUUAAUGGGGCGAGUCAGCAUAUUAUUAAGAAGGAGACGAAUGUGGGAGCCGACGGCCUCCCCGAGGUGUAUUUCGACUUUCUGUUCGUUGAGCUGUUCAAGUCCAACCAUGACCGCAUCGUCCGCGACAUCACCACCCCCGUCUCAAAAGGCUCAUCCCCGAAACGACGGAUGGCGCGUACGUACCGGCCACAUCUCCUGGUCCCCCUUUCCCACAACUAAACACCCUCUUCCGUAUACAAACCAGCCGUCGACGAAGCAACCUUAACG